GGCGGGCUCCUCCCCGCAUGAUACCCGGGCCCCACGAGCCCCAGCGCCAGGCUUUGCCCCGGGAGGCUCCGCCCUGGGCUUUUCUUUCCGGGGGCGCCCCUUGGGCAUGUGUGUCUGCCUCUUGGCAUCCUUUUCUUGUUUUGAAAGCAGUCGCCAAGUGAGGGGACGUGUGCACUUGCUCUAACGAGGAAAAAAAACAAAACAAAACAAAAAACCAACUCCUUGCUUUGACACAUUUAGUGACCCAAUGUAGCCAGGCUUUCUUUUAAUUCAAAAAGCGUCUUCAUGUGCUGCCCCUAGGGCUAGAUAAAGAAUAAACCGUUACGACCGAAAUAGACCUGGUUUCUUCCAAUACAUAGAGUACUGUUGAGCGAGGUUCAGCGAGGAGACCCAAACAUGAAACACAGUCAUGCAAGCGAACAUGUAAAUAAAAGUUGCGACAGAAUACGAUAGAAAGAGCAAGAAAAAGAUGAGCCCUCAUUUAGGGAGGAUGGUCAAGAAAGACUUUCCAAAUAUCGACGCUAAAGAUGGAACAGGAGAAGUUAAGGCAAGGACCGGGGAGAAUGCAUUUCGGAAAAGGAAGAGAUACCCCUGUGUUUUCCCGCAUUGGCCGAGAAUAUGGCUUGAGGUAGGCCCAGGGUUUAAGAGGGAGCUUGCUAUGUGGGCACAGGAGAGGUGUAGCUGACCCAGAAAAGCCACCGUAAGUAUGCACAUAAGUAAAACACAGAGUUGCGGGAAAGAAGAGGCCUGGCUAGUGUGUUGGGAUAUCAGUCUCACAGACAUGAAAGAAGGUCUUCGAAGACAAGAUGAUGAAGCUGAUACCCCAGGUCAUUCUCAAAGAGAUGUUAUAAUGGAUCAUCAUGUUUCCACCAUCAAACCCCGAAGAAUCCAAAAUCAGAAUGUCAUUCACCGCUUAGAACGCCGGCGCAUCAGCUCAGGCAGGGCGGGGGCCCACUGGCAUCAGGUCCGGGUGUUCCACCAGAAUGUCUUCCCUAACUUCACCGUCGUCAACGUUGAGAAGCCUCCUUGUUUCUUGCGUAAAUUCUCACCUGAUGGGCGCUACUUUAUUGCUUUUUCUUCUGACCAGACAUCUCUUGAGAUUUAUGAGUACCAGGGCUGCCAGGCAGCCGAGGACCUCUUGCAAGGCUAUGAAGGGGAGAUCUUGUCCAAUGGCAAUGACCAGCGAUCAGUUAGCAUCCGAGGCCGGCUUUUUGAACGUUUCUUCGUCCUGUUGCACAUUACCAAUGUCGCAGCCAAUGGUGAGCACUUGAACCGGGAGUGCAGCCUCUUCACUGAUGACUGCCGGUGUGUCAUCGUGGGUUCCGCUGCCUAUCUCCCAGAUGAACCGCACCCUCCUUUCUAUGAGGUCUAUCGGAACAGUGAGUCCGUGACCCCCAAUCCACGGUCCCCUCUGGAGGACUAUUCCCUCCACAUCAUUGACCUUCACACGGGCCGUUUGUGUGAUACACGCACCUUCAAGUGUGACAAAGUGGUCUUGUCACACAACCAGGGGCUGUACUUGUACAAAAACAUCCUGGCCAUCCUGUCCGUGCAGCAGCAGACCAUUCACGUCUUCCAGGUGACGCCUGAAGGCACAUUUAUCGAUGUUCGGACCAUCGGCCGCUUCUGCUACGAGGAUGACCUGCUCACAGUGUCAGCCGUUUUCCCGGAGGUGCAGCGGGACAGUCAGACAGGCAUGGCCAGUCCUUUUAGGGACCCUUUCAUCAAUUCCCUGAAGCACCGCCUGCUGGUGUACCUGUGGCGCAGAGCAGAGCAGGACGGGAGCCCCAUGGCCAAGAGGCGUUUCUUCCAGUACUUUGACCAGCUGCGGCAGCUGCGCAUGUGGAAGAUGCAGCUGCUGGAUGAAAACCAUCUGUUCAUCAAAUACACCAGCGAGGACGUAGUGACCCUACGGGUCACAGACCCGUCUCAGGCCUCCUUCUUCGUGGUGUACAACAUGGUGACAACAGAGGUGAUCGCAGUGUUUGAGAAUACAUCUGAUGAGCUGCUGGAGCUCUUUGAGAACUUCUGUGACCUCUUCCGCAAUGCCACCCUGCACAGUGAAGUCCAGUUUCCUUGUUCCGCCUCUAGCAACAAUUUUGCACGGCAGAUCCAGCGCCGGUUCAAAGACACGAUUAUAAAUGCCAAGUAUGGAGGCCACACGGAGGCUGUGCGUCGGCUGCUAGGCCAGCUCCCCAUCAGUGCCCAGUCUUACAGUGGCAGCCCCUACCUGGAUUUGUCUCUCUUCAGCUACGAUGACAAGUGGGUGUCAGUCAUGGAGCGACCCAAGACUUGUGGAGAUCACCCGAUCAGGUUCUAUGCCCGAGACUCUGGCUUGCUGAAGUUUGAGAUCCAGGCAGGCUUGCUGGGCCGCCCCAUCAACCACACAGUGCGGCGCCUCGUGGCCUUCACCUUUCACCCUUUUGAGCCGUUCGCUAUUUCUGUGCAGAGGACUAACGCAGAGUAUGUUGUCAACUUCCACAUGCGACACUGCUGUACCUCGCUGCCCCACCACAGCCGCACUGCCCAGGACUUCGCCCCUGCUUGACGCCCUGGACUCCAGAGCAAAAGCCGCUGGCUGCCGGCUUUGGGGAUUCCAGACUGGAAGCCCUCCCUCACCUAAGACAGAGCCCGAGAGACACGGAGGACGGGGUGCAACCUAGUGGGCCUUGGUUUUCCCGUUACCCGGCUGGUCGUUUUUAAAGUUUUCUCGCUUUUCCCUGUGGGAACACCUAGCAUUACGUCCGUUCUGUUUUGUUUACUUAGCAUUUUAUGGCUGUGAAGAUAGAAGCAUUACACCCCCCCCCAUGCCACUCUUUGGCAUUACGGUCUGAAACCUGCAGCAGGUGAGUCAUGUUUACUCCUGAGAAUUAUGUACUCCUUUCACGUCUCCGACAAGCAGGGCUCUUUAUAAGAGAAAAUAAAGUCUUAG